ACACCCAUGGCCCCGGGGAGCCUGACAAGGACAACAUCCGCCAGGAGCCCUACACCCCACCUCAGGGCUUCACCUGGGAUGCCUUGGACCUGGGUGACUGUGGUGUGCUGAAAGAACUGUACACCCUCCUGAAUGAGAACUACGUGGAAGAUGAUGACAACAUGUUCCAAUUUGAUUAUUCCCCAGAGUUUCUUUUGUGGGCUCUCUGGCCACCCGGCUGGCUCCCCCAGUGGCACUGUGGGGUUCGAGUGGUCUCAAGUCGGAAAUUGGUUGGGUUCAUGAGUGCCAUACCAGCAAACACCCAUAUCUAUGACACAGAGAAGAAGAUGGUGCAGAUCAACAUCCUGUGUGUCCACAAGAAGCUGCGUUCCAAGAGGGUGUCUCCAGUCCUGAUCCGAGAGAUCACCAGGUGGGUUCACCUGGAGGGCAUCUUCCAGGCUGUUUACACUGCUGGGGUGGUACUACCAAAGCCUGUUGGCACCUCCAGGUAUUGGCAUCGGUCCCUAAACCCACAGAAGCUGAUUGAAGUGAAGUUCUCCCACCUGAGCAGAAAUAUGACCAUGCAGCACACCGUGAAGCUGUACCGACUGCCAGAGACUCCCAAGACAGCUGGGCUUCCACCAGUGGAAAAAAAGGACAUUCCAGUAGUGCACCAGCUCCUCACCAGGUACUUGAAGCAGUUUCACCUCAUGCCAGUCAAGAGCCAGGAGGAGGUGGAGCACUGGUUCUACCCCCAGGAGAGCAUCAUCAACACUUUCGUGGUGGAGAGCGCAAACGGAGAGGUGACGGAUUUCCUGAGCUUUUAUACGCUGCCCUCCACCAUCAUGAACCAUCCAACCCACAAGAGUCUCAAAGCUGCUUAUUCUUUCUACAAUGUUCACACCCAGACCCCUCUUCUAGACCUCAUCAGCAACGCGCUUGUUCUCGCCAAAAUGAAAGGGUUUGAUGUGUUCAAUGCACUGGAUCUCACGGAGAACAAAACCUUCCUGGAGAAGCUCAAGUUUGGCAUAGGGGACGGCGACCUGCAGUAUGACCUUUACAAUUGGAAAUGCCCCAGCAUGGGGGCAGAGAAGGUUGGGCUGGUGCUACAAUAACCAGACACCAGUGACAUUCUGGAUAAAGCCACUGAAAAGUCGAACCAGGGAAUGGAACCCCACCUCUGUUGGUCCAAUUUUCACACACGUGAGAAUCCCUGGC